CAAGACAUGUCUGACCGGGGACAUGGGCAGGAGCGAGCCGGAGCGCAUCGUGAUCAACGUGGGGGGGACGCGGCACGAGACGUACCGGAGCACGCUGCAGACCCUACCGGGGACCCGGCUGGCCUGGCUCACCGAGCCCGACGCCUUCGUCAACUUCGACUACGACGCCAAGAGCGACGAGUUCUUCUUCGACCGUCACCCGGGGGUCUUCGCUCACAUCCUCAACUACUACCGCACGGGUAACCUGCACUGUCCGGCCGACGUGUGCGGUCCGCUGUACGAGGAGGAGUUGGCGUUCUGGGGCAUCGACGAGACGGACGUGGAGCCGUGCUGCUGGAUGACCUACCGGCAGCACCGGGACGCCGAGGAGGCGCUCGACAGCUUCGAGCCCCCCGACCUGAACGACUGCGGCCCGGCCGAGGGCGGCGGCGGCGGCGGCCUGGGCGACGGCGCGGAGCUCGACGACCAGCUGGACACCAAGCGCCUGGCGCUGGGGGACUGCUCCCUCGACGCCCCCACCAAGGCCGGGUGGUGGCGCAAAUGGCAGCACCGCAUCUGGGCUCUGUUCGAGGACCCGUACUCUUCCAAAUACGCUCGCUACUGCGCCUUUGCUUCGCUCUUCUUCAUCCUUAUCUCCAUCACUACCUUCUGCCUGGAGACCCACGAGGCCUUCAACCCAAUCGUCAACCGGACAGAGAUUGUGAGAAGCGGCAAUGAGACACGGGUGGAGAUUAUACAGGAGACGGAGACUGAGGCCUUCCUGACGUACGUGGAGGGUGUCUGCGUGGUCUGGUUCACCUUUGAGUUCCUCAUGAGGAUAACCUUCUGCCCCAACAAAGUGGAGUUUAUCAAGAACACCCUGAACAUCAUUGACUUUGUGGCCAUCCUGCCCUUCUACCUGGAGGUGGGGCUCAGUACUCUGUCUUCCAAGGCUGCCAAGGACGUCCUGGGGUUCCUCAGAGUGGUCCGCUUCGUCCGCAUACUCCGAAUCUUCAAGCUGACCCGUCAUUUUGUAGGCCUGAGAGUGUUAGGCCACACCUUGCGUGCGAGCACUAACGAAUUCUUGCUCUUAAUCAUCUUCCUGGCCCUAGGGGUGCUGAUAUUCGCCACUAUGAUCUAUUACGCUGAGCGGAUAGGUGCUAAACCGAAUGACCUGCGAGGAGACGAGCACACACACUUCAAAAACAUCCCCAUUGGCUUCUGGUGGGCGGUGGUGACCAUGACCACACUGGGCUAUGGAGACAUGUACCCUCAGACCUGGUCAGGCAUGCUGGUUGGUGCUCUGUGCGCAUUGUCAGGCGUGUUAACCAUCGCCAUGCCGGUUCCUGUCAUUGUCAAUAAUUUCGGGAUGUACUAUUCGUUAGCCAUGGCGAAGCAAAAGCUACCGAAGAAGAAAAAGAAACAUAUACCGCGACCGCCCCAGCUGGGAUCGCCCAAUUAUUGUAGAUCUGAUGUAAAUUCUCCUCACCACAGUACCCAGAGUGACACUUGUCCACUCGCUCAGGAAGAGAUUUUAGAAAUUAACAGAGCAGAUCUUAAACAGAACGGCGAUGCGGCAAAUGCAGCAUUGGCAAACGAAGAUUGUCCUCAUAUUGACCAGGCGGUGACGCCUGAGGAACAGCUCCCCUUCACUCGCUCUGUCACCAGGGAGAGGAAUGCCAGAGAUGGGCCCUGCUUCCUCUUAGCAACCGGGGAGUUUGCAUGUCCACCCGAUGGAGGAAUAAGAAAGGGUUAUGAAAACUCAAGGAACCUAAGCAGCAGAGCUGGCAUGAGCAGAAAUGCACUAAGAUUGCCAUCAGUGCCACCUUCGCUCUUCAGCUCUCCUUGUCCAUUGACGCAUUCUCCGUCUCCCAUCCCAUCCAUUGUGUAGCAUGGAUUAGUAGUUGAGAAUGGUCCAAAGCUUUAGUCCUACAGCCUGCGUGGGCUUGCGUGGUACCAGCUGGCUAAGUGUGAAGAUCACCUAUCUUUUGGUUGCUCCUCAUCCAAUUUGGUGGGACCAACCCGGCUGGUUUCUGGAUGACAUUAUGUUAGCACGCUGGUGGCACUGCAUGGGGAUUGGCAUCGAGCUGGAGAUCACCCAGGGACAAGCGGCUUUCAUUAAAGAAUGGGGAGGGGGGAGGGAGGGAGCCUCAUUGCUUUGUGAGCGCUCUGUCGCCCAUCGCCCUCAAUUCAUUGAGAAUGGGGUAACUCGAUAUCUGUUAUUUCACCUCACGAGUGAAUGAAGAUUCCCCUUUCUCAGAUCUCCAAAGGAGGUCCCAGCUAGUCGGGUUGCAUGUCGAGGUCGGCAUUGGAAGAAGGCUGCUCUCUCUGCAUGUAGUCAUACAGUUUCAUUCUUAAAGACAAACAUUGACGUUGAAGGAGAGCAUCAAGGAAGCUCCAGAAUUGACUGUAUUCUUUACAUCCAGAUUUCCGCAAGGGCAGCCCUCUCUCAUUGCUAGUUGUAAGCGAAGAGGGGAGUCAAAGUAACUUAAUGUGAUGGGAGAGAGACGUGGACGGCUCUGUGGACAAUUAGCUGGUCCCUGAGGGAAUUUCAAGCGGCGAAGACUUAGGACAAACACAACUACUGGGAACAAGGUGUAAAGGACCAUUGGGUGUUACAGAAUUGACCCAGAGUUGAUGGCUGUCUCUCAAGUCGGUUGUACUGAAAUGGUACAAAGUUUACCUCGAUUACCAGCAUGAAAUGCAUGACCUAGAAGUUAUGAUUCCAUCAUUAAUUGUCCAAUUAGAAACUCCAUUCCCUGUCCGUAACUCCACCUCAAGCCAGAGCCUAUCAAACCUCACACGGACUGAUUGCCAGAAAGACCAAACCGCAUUUGCUGGCAAAAUGCCUUUCCCUUUUAUUCUGUUUUUUAAACAAAAUACCCUUUUAUUUUGAGUUUUAUUUCACGAGGUGAGAAUCAGAUUUAAAACAAAGACACACGUAAGUGGGGACCGGUCAUAUUGACCACGUCUUCAUUCUUAUAUCUAAAUCCAAAGUCUUCGAGCCAGAUAGAACCAUGUCACUUGAGAACCACUUUGAUCCCUUGUCUAUGUUUAAAUUCAGCAUGUUUGUGACCUGGUACUUUCUCUAUACCGUAUGUUGUAUAAUCUCUAUGGAGCUUAACCCUUUAUACUGACAGUCUUGACCCCCUAUGUUCCAUUUAUCAGUAUAUAGUUCAGACUUUAUUAGAAACUGUGCAAAUCCAUCGAAAAGUGUACUGAUCAGUGCUGCUUCAGACUGGACUGAGCAGCAAAGCGAUUUUGAUCUAAUUUACUCUACAGUUGGAAUCAAUACUUCGGCACUGUAUGCAAUUUAGUUCUGAAUACGUGCAUGCACAAAUAUGUUAUGCAAAAAAAAAAGAGCAUGAAAUAAAUUUUGUAUUAAAUGAA